AUGGAAUUGAUUGCUGAAGAAGCAAUUAUAUUAUAUGCACGAUUAAUCAUCCACUUCACAAACAUCACACCACCAGUGGUCUCCCGUCGCAACCCCACUCCGCUGCUCCCCAUGUCCUCCUACCCGCCCCCCCCCCCGACGCUCCCCCUCGAGCUCCUCCUCCAAAUCUCCCACUACCUCGAAACUGACAUCAGAACCUUCUCCGCCCUCUCCCGGAUAUGCCGCACGCUCCACAGCCUCCUCUCUCCAUUUGUCGAUGCCUACUUCCAGCGCUACCCCCAACUCAUCUUUGCUUCUGCCUGCAAACGGGGCCUGGGCUUCACCGUACGCCGCUGCAUCGCUCCCGGCAUGCAUGUGUACCCGGAAACAACCUACCACUGCAAUCAACUACUGAUCUGGGCAGCCGCGGGUGGAGAUGCGGAGAUGAUGCACGCCCUGCUGUCGCAGAAAUGGAUGUUUAAUAUGAACUGCAACGACAUGUAUGGCCAGACGCCGCUGAUGCAGGCAGUCAACCAUGGGCGGACGGAGGUAGUGCGGGCCCUGUUGGAGAACGGGGCGAGGGUCCAGAAGUGGGAUAUAGAGAAGUGUAUGGGGGAGAAUAGGAAGGAGAUUGUCGAGCUGCUGAGUGAGCAUUACGUACCGGUUGUGGAGAACAUAGAGAAAAAGAGGAAGAUGUAUGAGAUAUCGUACCAGGUUUGGAAGGUUUGUCGCACUGAGGAAACGGGAUUUGACAAUCAUUACCCGCGGUGGGGUAAAUGA